CCGGGAGUCCCAAGUCCUGAAGGCCUGGGAGUCAGAAGCCGAGAACUCGGGGGCGCCAGCGCCCGAGUGGGCCGGAGCCUCAGGCAGGAUGACUGUGGGAAUCUUCGCAAACUGUACCUUCUGUUUGAAAGUCAAGCACUUAACUCGUCAACAGAAAAGAAAACUACAAACUGAUAUUAAGGAAAAUGGUGGAAAUUUUUCCUUUUUAUUAAAUGCUCAGUGCACACAUGUAAUCUUAGACAAUGCUGAUGUUCUGAGCCAGUAUCAGCUGAAGUCUAUUCAGAAGAACCAUAUUCUUAUUGCAAACCCAGAUUUUGUAUGGGAAUCUAUCAAAGAAAGGAGACUGCUGGAUACAAAGAUUUAUGGUCCCAGUGAGUCACUGGACAUCACACCAACUUCCAAAGAAGAAUGGAGCAGCUCUAGAAUGGAAAUGAAUGAUUCUUCACUCCUGGACAGUUCCACAGAAAGGGAGAACACUGUUGAACUCACUAAGUUUUAUGCAGAGGAUGUUGAAAUUCCUCAUUUUCCUCAAGAUUUUGAAGUUGCAAAAUAUAACAUCUUGGAAAAAGUUGUGACAGAGGGAGGUAAGGAGACCGCUGUGGUGGAGCUGCAUUGCCUCCAGGGCCCUGGGGAACGUGGCUUUCUGAUAUGCACACACUUCCUCCUGGCCACCGGCACCCAGACCAGGAAGCAGUCCUCUGUGAAGAAAACUUCUGCAGACGCAAGUGAAUACUAUGAGAAUUAUAUUGAGGAACUGAAGAAACAAGGCUUUCUACUGAGAGAACAUUUUACACCCGAAGCAACCCAGUUAGCAUCUGAAAAACUGCAAGCAUUGCUCUUGGAGGAGGUAAUAAACUCAAAUGCCCUGAGCCCCGAGGUGAGCGGCUUGGUGGAGAUGCUCUGGACAGAAGCCCUCGGCCGCCUGGAGGACACGCUGCUGAGACCUGUGGGCAUGAUAAGCCUGAAUGACGUGAGCAAGGCAGAGGGAAUUCUCCUCCUGGUAAAGGAAGCAAUGAGAAAUGGAGAAACACAGGAGCAACUGCAAACGUUGCUGACCGAGUUCUACAGAUUAAUCCCUCACAGAGCUGCUGUGGCCGAGAAGGUCAGCCUGAGCCUGCUGGCUAAGAAGGAGGACCUGUGCCAGCUAAUAAGAGACAUGGUUAAUGUCUGUGAAACUAAUUUGGCCAAACCCAACCCACCGUCUCUUGCCAAAUACCGAGCUUUGAGAUGCAAAAUUGAGCAUGUUGAACCGAAGACUGAAGAAUUUUUGAGAGUAAGAGAAGAGGUGCUGCAGAAUAAUCACAGUAAGAGUCCAGUGGACAUCUUGCAGAUAUUUAGAGUUGGCAGAGUGAGUGAAACCGCAGAGUUCCAGGGCCACCUUGGCAAUGUCAGGCACUUGCUGCAUGGGUCUCCUGUGCAGAGCUUCAUGGGAAUCCUGUCCCGUGGGUUGCUUUUACCCAAAGUAGUUGAAGAUCGUGGCAUGAAGAGAACAGACAUUGGAAAUCUUGGGAGUGGGAUAUAUUUCAGCGAUUCACUCAGUACAAGCAUCAAGUACUCGCACCCUGGACAGACAGAUGGCACCCGACUCCUGGUCGUCUGUGAUGUCGCCCUCGGCAGGUGCAUGGACCUGCACAAGCGAGACUUCUCCCUGACAGAGGCACCGCCUGAGUACAACAGCGUCCACGGGGUGCGGGGAACGGAUAUGGUCAGCUCGGACUUUGAGGAUGACGAAUUUGUUGUAUACAAUACCAAUCAGGUUAAAAUGAAAUAUAUUGUUAAAUUUUCUGUACCUGGAGAUGAAAUAAAGGACUUUAACCCUGGUGAUAAUAUGGAACUAGAGGAAGACAGGCCUGAGUUUUCAAAUUUUUCAGCAGUUGAAGAUCACCAGCUUCCAGGCAGCAUGCCUUUCCCCGACAUCAAGGCCGGCCUCCAGGAUGGCUCUGGGAAUUCAGUUCCUUUGGAGGAUGUUCAUAUCAAAGGGAAAAUAAUAGACUUUGUAGCCCAGGUCGUUGUUUUUCAAACAUACACAAACCAAAGUAAUGUGCCCAUUGAGGCAAAAUACGUUUUUCCCUUGGACGACAAGGCAGCUGUGUGUGGUUUCGAGGCAUUCAUCAAUGGGAAGCACGUGGUGGGAGAGGUUAAAGAGAAGGAAGCAGCCCAGCGAGAGUACCAAGUGGCGAUCAGUCAAGGCCACGGCGCCUACUUGAUGGAUCAGGACACACCCGACAUCUUCACCGUCAGCGUCGGGAACUUACCCCCGAAGGCCAAAGUCCUGAUCAAAAUCACCUACAUCACGGAGCUGAGCAUCCAGGGUGCCUGUGCGGUCUUCUUCCUGCCAGCCACCGUGGCACCCUGGCAGCAGGACAGGGCUCUGAAGGAGAACCUUCAGGAUACAGUGGAGAAGAUUUGUAUAAAGGAAAUAGGAACAAAGCAAAGCUUUUCUCUGAGCAUGUCUAUCGAGAUGCCGCACAUGAUUGAAUUCAUCUUCAGUGAUACACACGACCUGAGAAAAAAGAGAACAGACUGCAAAGCUGUGAUUAGUACUGUGGAAGGCAGCUCCUUAGACAGCAAUGGAUUUUCUCUCCUCAUCGGUUUGGUUGAUGUGUAUCUCCCAAGAAUGUGGGUUGAAAAGCAUCCAGAAAAAGAAAGCGAGGCCUGCAUGCUUGUGUUUCAACCAAAUCUUGGUAUUACCGUCCCUGACAAAGCUGAGAGGAGUGAAGUGAUUAUUUGUCUUGAUUGCUCCAAUUCCAUGGAGGGCGAGACAUUCCUGCAAGCAAAGCAGAUUGCCUUGCACGCACUGUCCUGUGUGGGAAAGGAGCAGAAGGUGAACAUCAUCAAGUUUGGCACAGGUUACAAGGAAUUAUUUUCAUAUCCUAAGUGCAUCACGAACAAUAAUACGCCUACAGAGUUCAUCAUGUCUGCCACACCUACCAUGGGAAACACAGAUUUCUGGAAGACACUUCGAUACUUAAGUUUGCUGUACCCUUCCCACGUGUUACGGAACAUCCUCCUCAUAUCCGACGGGCACCUCCAGAAUGAGAGCCUGACCUUGCAGCUCGUAAGAAGAAGCGUGCCACACACCAGGCUGUUCUCCUGUGGGGUCAGUUCUACAGCAAAUCGUCAUGUCUUACGGACUCUGUCCCACUAUGGUGCUGGAGUAUUUGAAUAUUUUAACUCAAAAUCCAAACAUAGCUGGAAAAAACAGAUAGAAGCCCAGAUGGAUAGGCUGAGUUCUCCCAGUUGCCACUCGGUCUCCGUCAAAUGGCAGCAGCUGAGCACAGACGCGCCGGCACCCCUGCAGGCCCCCGCCCAAGUGCAGUCCCUGUUUCACAGUGAGCGACUCCUUGUCUACGGGCUCACUCCUCACUGUACACAGGCAACUCUACAUGCGCUAAUUCAAGAGAGAGAGUAUUCUACAGUGGUGUCAACUACUGAACUUCAGAAGACAACUGGAACGAUGAUUCACAAGCUGGCAGCGCGAGCUCUGAUCAGAGAUUACGAAGAUGGCAUUCUCCACGAAAAUGAAGUGAAUCACGAGAUGAAGAAGCAAACCUUAAAAUCUCUGAUUAUUAAACUCAGUAAAGAAAACUCUCUCAUAACACAAUUUACAAGCUUUGUGGCUGUGGAGAAAAGGGAUGGUAAUGAGUCACCUUCUCCUGAUAUUCCAAAUACUUUGGAACUUAUUGCCAAAGAAGACAUAGAUUUUCUGCCAUACAUGAGUUGGGAGGGGGAACAACCAGAUGCCAGCAGAAUGCAAACACUUUCAGCAUCCUCUGAAUGGAACCAAGAACCCAAACGUAAAUGUAAACGUAAACGGACUAAAAAGAAGCAUUCAUCACUUAACAUGAAACUUUCUGAAGAUUUUGAAGCCUUUAGCUUAGAUGCCCCAGAAGAAUCUGAAGCAGUCAGUUUUGUCUUCAUGGAUGCAGAGGAGCUCUGGGAUUUGGGUCCGAUGAAGUCAUCUAAACAAACAGAAGUUAAACCACAAUUCACAGAAGCCAUCUCACAGAAAAUGGCCGUUUCCAACAUUCCUACUGCCCCUAGUUUCUUAACUGCACCCCUCUAUGUUGGCUCUGCUUUCCACCAUCAUCCCAGCUCAGCACUGUUUGGUUCUCCAGCUGGUCCCAAACACUUCGGUUCCCCUAAGAAGUACCUGGAGAUGGGCAGUGGUGCCGACAUUUCCCUGGACAUGGCGUCUUUUCCCAGGCUGCAUCUCCAGGACUCAUCUUUGCAACUUGCUGCUGCUCCCAGGGCCUCCUUUAGCUCCAGGUCACAGCUGCCCAAAACUGAUCAAGGGGGUGCCACAGGCUUCAGUGCCCUCACUGCCCUUCAGCUGGACCCUCUCCCGCGGCCGCAUCUUUUUUCCUGUCCUUCUGCAGGUCUUCUCCCUUGUCCACUUGUGAAGUCUGUCCUUUCUUCCCAUGCCUCUCCUCCCUCCCUACCCAGGGGUGUUGUUCCCCCUCCUCCCCCUCUGCCUCGGGGGGUUGGUGUUCCCCCUCCUUCCCCACUUCCCCCUCUAACUGGGGGAAUUGUUCCCCCUCCUCCCCUUCUACCUGGGGGGGAUGGUGUUCCUCCUCCUCCCCCUCUUCCCCCUCUAACUGGGGGAAUUGUUCCCCCUCCUCCCCUUCUAUUUCAGGGGGGGGUUGGCAUUCCUCCUCCCCCUCCUCCCCCUCUACCUGGGUGGAGUGGUGUUCCUCCUUCUCCCCCUCUUCCCCCUCUAUCUGGGGGAGUUGUUCCCCCUCCUCCCCCUCUAUCUCAGGGGGUUGGUAUUCCUCCUCCCUCUCCUCCCCCUCUUUCCUCUCCUCUUCCUUCUCACCAUAUCCCAUCUCCUAGGAGUGCCAAUUAUAAGGUGCCAGUGGCUCCAUCUGGCCCUGCUGAGGAUGCCCAGCUGGACAUUCCUCUGUUAGCUGGGUAUGAUGAACCUUUGUCAUUAGACUCCUUCCAAUAUGGUUGUUCAUUUUUUGAAUGUUCUUCUGAAAUGGAAAGUGAUAAAACAGGAGGACUUCUGGCAAGUAGGAUUUUUAAAAAGCUGGCAGAAUAUGACCUGAGAAGUGGCUUUACUGCAAGCACUCAGGCACAAAAUGAUGAGGAUGGCCUAGCUGGCAAAGCAAGCUGGAGGAAUUAUGUGCCUUCGACUGAACUCUUCAGGCUUCAGACCAAGGAUGGAUGCUGGAAACUUACACAAGAACUGGGAUUUAUAUUAAAACUUAAUACAAAUAUUUUAAACAGCUUUCUUGAACAAAAAGGCAUUCGAUCUCUAGGUGUAAGAGGAAGAGAGCGCCUUCUAGACCUGAUCGCUACAUUUCUAGUGCUGCAGUUCCUUCGCACCAAGUUGGAACAGGAGGGAAUAAUCGUCAAAUCACUGAUGAGACUGGACGAUGCUUCCAUUCCCAGGAAUAUUCCCUGGGAUUGUGAGAAAAUAAAGAAAGCCAGUGAGUGGCUCAGAAGAACUGAAGGGCAGUACCCAUCCAUCUGCCAGCGGCUGGAGCUGGGUAAAGACUGGGACUCCGCCACCAAGCAGCUGCUGGGGAUCCUGCCCAGAGAUGCCCGCUCCCCUCCUCACAGGCUCCUUAAGCACAGCCAAGGCUGACGCUCAUGCACUUGUCUUUUAACAUGCACUCAUGCCUCAUGUAUAUGAUAAUCAGAUAUAAUAGAUGCCUAUAAUGAAGUCUAAUUAUGAUUUUAUUCAGUAUAGCAAUCACUUUAAAAUAAAUGGAAAAAGGCUAUUGUUUCAGUGAACUAACAAGCAACUAUACAAUAAAAAUUUCAAGGAAUUCCCUGGUGAUCCAGUGGUUAGGACUCUGAGCUUUUAACACUGUGAUUCUGGGUUUGAUCCCUGGUCAGGGAACAAAGAUCCCACAAGCCAAGCAGUACAACCAAAAAAAACUUUUAGAUAAAAAUUCUAAUAUUACAGACUUUUUUUUAAACCAGAGGUUGGGGGAGGGUGGAGAUUGGAUAAAGGUGAUCAGAAGGUACAAACUUCCAGUUACACGAUAAAUAAGUACUAGGAUGUAAUAUGCAGCAUGAAAAUAUAAAACACUGCUAUAUAGUACAUGUGAAAGUUGUUCAGAGACUAAAUCCUGAGUUCUCAUCACAAGGAAACAUGAUUUUCUUCUUCUUUUACUCUAUAUCUGUGUGAGGUGGUGGAUAUUCACUAUACUUACUGUGAUCAUCAUUUCAUGAUGUUUGAGGAUCAGAUCAUGGUGCUGCCAUCUUAAUCUUAUAGUGUGCUAGAUGUCAAUUAUAUCUCAAUAAAACUGGGAGAAAAAAUUAAA